AUGGCGGGGAAAAAAAACCUCACAAAAAUCAUAUGCACUAAACAUCUAGGCUGUGUUUGCAAGGCCAUUUUUGCUGGCUAUAAGGAGGUCUCAGUAACCAAUGAGAGCACAGCUCUUCUUGAAAUUGAAGAUGUGUAUGCCAGAGAUGAAACUGAAUUCUCCUUAGGCAAGAGAGGUACUCCUGGAGGCAAACUCAACAAAACCAGAAUAAUCUGGGGAAAGAUAACUCCGGCCCAUGGGAAAAGUGAUGUGAUUCGUGCCAAAUUCCAAAGCAACCUAUUUGCUAAGACCACUGGAUAUGAGAUCUGUGUGAUGCUGCACUACUCACAGAUAUAUGCUAAUGAAAAGUAAGUAAGUAAAAGUGGAUUUGCAGCCUUCUAAAACUAUUCUACCUGUAAAGAAUGAUUUUAGUAGCCGGGCAUGGUGGUACAUGCCUUUUACCCCAGCACUUGGAAGGCAGAGGCAGAUGAGUUAAUGACCAGCUUGGUCCACAUAGUGAGUCAUAUGCCAGCCGGGAGGCCCUGUCUCAGGGGGGAGGAGGGGAGUGCUGACUGUAAGUUUUUCUUGCUAGAGAUUUUUUAGCCUCGAGACACAACGCUGCUGCUGCUGCUUCUGCUGCUGGAAGUGGAGUGGUCUGGUUCUCUCUGUGUGGAUUUUUAAGAUCUGACUGGGAGCAGGAGCGGUGCUGAGUCAUUCAGGACAGUUUGUUCAGAGAAUUCCCAUGUCAGAAAUCGCCACCACCUAGUAAGUGGCGGGAAAACCACAACUGCAAUAGUUCCGGCCACUGUCAUUUAAAGAGCGCUGAAUACAAGGAGUCUACAACGUUCCUUCUGCCAUUUCCUACAAGGUCACUUCAGGAACGACCUCGGUCUAUCACACUUUAACAAUUAAAUAUGGCUUGCAAAUAUAACACUUAGAGAAAAUAAAACUGUGUUCUUCAUGUACUUAAAUAUCGAGUGCUGUGAGACUGUAUCCAUCUUCAUUCUCUAGUUUUCUUUCUAUAAGAGUUCGAAAAUAUAGCACUUAGAGAGAAAAAAAUGUGUGUACUUCAUGUACUUAAAUAUCGAGUGCUGUGAGACUGUAUCCAUCUUAAUCCUCUAGUUUCCUUUCUACACGAGUUCAAAGACGCCAGAACCAGCACUGAGAAGCUUGGGAAGAUGAGAAGUGUGACAGACACAAUCUUUGCCAAGGCUGACCUAAGGGCGCACAAGGCUUUCCGGAACUGCAGAAAGGAGUCUGUACCCUGGACUUAAGAUGGAAGCGAAGCAAGAUGUCACUGGUUAAAAAAAAAGUGCAUCACAGGAGUCUCUGGAGUAAGACCGGUUCAAAGAAAGAAGAAAGAAGGAAAGACAAGGCUAGCAAAAGGAGGCUAAUGUGAGCCAGCUGCUGGGCAGAAGAGUUGAAAAAAAAAAAGGCGAGGGCAAGCUGACCAAUAAGAAGCAACGGGGGGUACAGCACUGGGAAGGGAAAUACAGGGUAAAACCAACAGCAGCCUCAUCUCCCAAUGAUGUUAACCAAAUUUACCAAAAAAGUCAAGGAAUGUGGACAGAGCUUGGUAAUGCACCCACAUGUCACCAAGGGGCGCCUCGACCCCACUCCAAUACGUCUACUGUUUGCUUUGGAGGUCAUUUCCCUCUUACAUUUGUUCCUGGAGAAAUCUUAUCUAAUAUGACCUGCCUGAUAUUUUCAAUAUGUUUUUAUUGGACGAUUCCAUUCUGAAUCUGAAAAUAUGAGGAAGUUGAAUGAACCGUGAACUGUGGCUUAACUGCACACAAUCCUAGCGUCUGUGUUAGCAGAGUCCCACGAGGGAUAUCAGGGGAAUGCAAUGAAGUCUGGGUUUUAAUUUCCUGUCAUGCCUGUUUAUUUUAAAUUCCCUGUGCCUCUGAAAAACAAAACCCACACACUGAGGUGUUUGUUCUGUGAACAGCAAGCAAUCAAAAAAAAAAAAAGUAUUUCAACUGUAAUUUACCGUUUUAAACAAAUAUUGCAAAUGUACAUACAAUUAUUGGAAAUGAGUUUAUGUAGUAUAUACACUAAAAUUAUAUAAUUAGUUAUAACUACUGUGGACUAUUUAAGAAUUUUAAAGAAACCCUUUCAGCUAAUAAACCUGCCAGCUUAUUUCUUUCUGAAGCCAGUCUUCAGGAAACUGACCCAUGGAAGAAUUAUCCUGACUUGUCUAAAUUCCCUAUCACAGCAUUUCAAGAGCUCCCUACUCAAUUCAGGGGACUGAAAGUUUAACUUGAAGAUAUAUAACAAUACUCAAAUUGUUAGCAUCUGCUUUUCAAUGCCAUCCUGCUUAACUAUAAGAGAAAGUGAGGUCUGUAAGCGAGUGUGCACACACACACACACACACACACACACACACACACACACACAUACACACUUGUGCUCAGGAAGAGGGGGGCAGAUGAUUGAUAUACAGAGAAAAACGAGCUCUUUGUUGUUUAAUUAUCAGGGAGCAAAUCGUUAACAAUUACAACAGGCCGUAAGACUUGCUGGGUAUAUUCCACAUAACAGGAUCAAACUUCUAAACACAGGCCUGUAGAGGAUAGUGAUAUCUGUAUAUGGAGGAUUCUACUGAUCUUCCCAUCCUUUCUAUGUUUCAGUCUACAGCCUCUGCACCUUUACCCCAUAAUCUCUACUUCCCAUGAACAUCAAAGGUGUUUAUCUGUACAUCUCCUGGCACUCAUCACUCUGUAUUGCUGCAUAAUAUGCAUGACUCUGCAAGAGCCCAAUGGCAUGCUCUGCUGUAUCCCACAAAGGAGUGUGCCGAGACAGGUCUGUUGAUGAAUAAAGGAAACAAGUAUUUGGGAAGGAUAGAUGCAUCUGAAGAUUAUCUUUGCAGAAACUAUACUGUCCUGAUGACUAGUAUCUCGAUUUCUCCUCUCACAGAAAAAUCCCAAAUUACUUUCCAGGUCUGAACACAUUAACCUCUAAAACAAAAUUUCCACAGCAGCAGAGACUGUGUCCAUCUUUUUCUGAGCUGCAUGUGUGUUAGAGGCGUGCUUAGCACAGGGAGGCACUUAACAGGUGCACAGAACAAAAUCCUUUCUCCAGUUGUUACCUUUCAGUUAAGGAAAGGAUGCUCACAGUUCUAAAGCAGGCUUUGGCUUUACCACUUCAUUAAUAAUUAAAAAAUCAUGCAUUUUGCACAAAAUUAUUAGUUUACCUAAACUAAACAGAAUUAAAAGAAAUGUAUUCUCUGUGAAAGCAUGGGGCUUUGAUAUUUAGUCUCCUCUUUCUUGGAAGUUAAGAAUGUGAACUAACGUACCUUUUAAUAUGUUUAAAUUCAAGGGCAGACAUACAAUGACUUGAACACUUAUGAACUUUAGAUUCAGGUGGGUUCUUGGGAGCCAGAAAUAAGCCAAACAAAUUCAUUCAUUUCCUCCUGGUGCACUCCAAGUAAAUUAGGUGGAUUUACUGCCCUUCAAAUGCUGAAAUUUCCUCUCUGUUAUCUUGGGCAGUUUACUUAACUCAGAUAUUGUCAAUCUAAUGUCUACCAUGUAAAAACAUAAAAAGGUAAACAAACAAGCAAAUGCUUUGACUCAACACCAAUGCUCACCUAACGUCUCUGAACCAAAGGACCAGGCAUUCUAACUUGAAGCCAGAGUUGAAAGCCACUGAACAACCUCCCACACCCUCAAUUUCCCUAUUUUUGUAAUGGGGAGACUAAGACCUUAGUGGUAUACUGUCAUCAAAAAAGAAACAGCCGGGCGGUGGUGGCGCACGCCUUUAAUCCCAGCACUCGGGAGGCAGAGCCAGGCGGAUCUCUGUGAGUUCGAGGCCAGCCUGGACUACCAAGUGAGUUCCAGGAAAGGCGCAAAGCUACACAGAGAAACCCUGUCUCGAA